CGCGGCACAAUGCGCUUCCGGGGCACCGUUCCCUCUUAUAUCCAAGAUCGUCUCAACCCUUUCAGAGUCAUUGUCACUCUUCUCCCGCUAGAAUUAUUGAUUCUGGCUCUGAUCCACCAUGUUCUCGACAUAUGUCGACGUUGCGUUGGUCUGCUGCCCAAUUCUUGCUUUCGUUACCGUUCAACAUCCCAAGAUGCGCAUCAAUAAUCAGUCCAACCUACAAUACUUCCUUCUUUCCUUUUUCUCCCUAGUUGCCUUGCGCUAUGCCUGCUCAACAUACUUUGUAAUCCCUAAUGAGAUCCCUCUCACAACUUGCACAUCUAAAGACCAACCCAACCCGAUCGCUUCGAAAUAUCCGGGCAAUGCAACCGGCACAUUGAAUGGAACCGUAGCCGUCAUCCCGAUUUCUCUUGAGCUUGCACGCCAACUCAUUCCUCCCCAGUAUGGGAUUCUCGAACACGCGUACCGGGCUUUACUACCUUCGUUCCCUAAAGACAUGUACCCCGCGGUUGUCCAAGCGCUACAUGAUCAUGAGGUACAAGCCUUUGGAUACAAGAUUCCUGAUUUCUCCCGUACUGGAGUUGAGUUCCCUUUCGUUGACAUGUUGAACGACAACUAUACCUCGUUCAAAUGGGCGCCUUCCUUGCUCAUGACAUCUGGACACGACAUCGCCCUGAAAGGAGCAAUGGAUUAUGGGACGAUUACCUUUCCAGCAACUUUCGAACCCGGGUGUGAUGCGUAUCGGUCUGUUCCCAACUCGAAGAGACCAGAGACCACAUACUUCAGCGCCAGAAGCCUCGAACCCGGUGCUGCAUCUCUUUCUACCCUUUUCUCCUCUACUAAGGAUGAAAUAUUUCCGUUAGAGUUCUUCAAAAACUUCACCAACCAACCUACAUUUGCAGACGGCAAGACUUGCGACAACAUGAUUAGGCUCUUCAAUACAUCAGUUUCUACUGCACCGAAUGCCAUCCAGCCUGUCAAAGGAACGGUUCGUGCACAUCUAGCUCCCUUCACCAGCGAGCAGGAAUGGACGAAUGUAUAUGGCUUGAGGUUAGAUUCUGCUUUCAUCGAAAAUAAUUAUCUGAGCUGCGAGAGCUUCCGCGGAUACUCGGGUCAUGGAUGAGGGCAACUUUACGACUUCC